GUCUUUCCUCAAGAUUCUGCCUUUGGGAGUAAUGGUAGACGAUUACAUCAAUGACAUGCUGCAGGACAAGGAUUGCUGCCUUUGCAGUGACCGCUGCAGAUGCUGCCACGUGUCCCCUGAACAACACCAUGCAUCUCGAAAUGACGUUCCCAGUAUCGAUCACCAAGUUGGACACCGUUCGGAGGAUCGUGCACUCUCCAAGCAUGCCGAGCAGGACCACAGGCCUGAAGGAGGGUUAGACUUUCCAAAAGAAGCGUUGGAUUUCAUGCAGGUCAUCAGGGAGGUCAGGUCUCGGCUCAGGGAAGGGGAGAGUGGAAUUCCCUCUGCAGCGGAACUUGUGGAGAUCGCCUUUCGGACUUGGAGACGUGGAACAGAUAGACCCCAUUCCGUCGCGUUCUUUCUUGUCGAGCUAUGGCGAGGCGUGUUUUACCCGAAGCCCUGGGAAGAGAGAGUCGUCAUCCCGACUGUUGUAGCGAUGGAACAGAUUCUGCGCGCAUCUGCUUCAUUCAAUGAGCUAGAGACGGCCUUUGUGUGCAUGCUUGUCGAGAGGUGCCGUAACCCUUUCAAGAUAUGUGGCAACAGGAGGAGUGCGUUGCGGACACUACUGGAUGUGACUGAAGAUGACAUUGCUCGACAAGAUGCACAGUACUGUCUUGCCUUUCGAGCUAUAGCACUCUUUGAGCUUCAGUUCAUCCUUGCCCAUGCCAUUCAUAACAUUGCGGACGAUGACGAGGACCUUCGGGAGCUAGAUGACCAAUCUGAAAUGCCUCUGCAUGUGGCGCGCAAAAUUUGGAAAAGACUCCGGUCAGACUGGCUCCCGGACGGACUGCUGCCAUUGCAGGAGCCGUCGGUUGCUGACACUCUCGCUGUGCAGUUGGACCCCACAAUGUCAUUGCCAUCUGGUAACCUACUACCAUUAGGUAGUGAGGCCAACUUCUGUAAAUCCAUGGAGUUCACAUGUGCUCAUCACGUACUAACUUAUUCAGACGCAGAGAAGGAUGACGCCUACAACGUGUUAUUGGCAAUCACGGCGACAAAGCAAAGAAUUGUAGAGGCUAAGAGUCUGGGUCUUGUUGAGGAGGCUUACCUGGGGUAUCAAGAUCUUGCAAACAAGGCUGCUUUUGAUACAGCUACAGGUGACUGGACGACCAAGGAAUGCAUGGACCUACUAGCCAAUGUGGUCGCCUUCUGCCUUAGACGGGGUUACAAAAAAUGGAGUUUAGAGGUGUUUGAUCUUAUGGACAUUGUAGGAGAGCUCAGGACGCCGUAUGAAGAUAGCGAUCACAUAAUCAGCUACGAGGGUGUACAUUUGAGGUUAGCAAAGGAAGUCGCGAUGGCUAAUGAGGCAUGCCUUGAAGCACAGAUGAGGGAGUUGCGGGUCGUGUGCCAACUUGGCCAGGAUUUGUUCACGCUUAAGCAAGUUGACUCGUCGAGGAUGCACUGGAAAGAUGCGAUCAGAUUGCACAGCUUCAUCCUCCAACGGUUUGGUAAUCCAUUGGCGUACUACCCACUAGAGGCGAUUGGGCCAUUGUGGGCCAAGUGUAAGGACGGGCUUGCGAUGCUUUGCGCACAGCAUGAAGACUACAACAGCAGUGUCCGGUUGUAUGUGGAGAUUGGAGAAGUGUACAAGGAGUUAGAAAUGCUAAGCCCUUUUACAGAAGCAUGGUGGCUGCUCCAGAGGGCUCACUUGAGUCUCUGUGUUAUGCAAGAAGGGCUUGUCGUCGCCGGAACGGAAGACCCUGGAGAACUUCUGGACAAGGCAGAGGAAAGGCUUGAGGAAAUGAAGACAAUGGACACCUCUGCAACUUGCAAUCGCAUCAAGACACAUAUUCUGUGCCUGCGAACUUGGAUUCUUGUUGAGAAGGAAGAAAGUGGAAGGGCAUUAGAGAAUGCGGAGGUUCUUGCAGUGACCUCUGGCCGGUAUCGCUUUUUCCAACUGACUUCAUGUCUUUACAAUACGCUUGGUAAUUAUCAGCAAGCUGCGCAAGUGAGAGUUGAGGGUCUCACUUUGUUCAAGAGCAAGCAGCGGUCACUUGGAGUGGGUGGGACUCUGCCUGAGGUGUGGCUCUCGAUGUACGGAGGGGUAGAAGUAGACGGAUUCCGGGAUGCGCAGAUCGAUUGCCACAAUCGAGAUGAUGCCUCCGGAGCGCUUGUCUGGAGCGAGUGGUCGCAUCACAGGCUUGCCUCAUCGGUACUCAUGUCCCGCAAGCAAAUGGCUCGGGGGUCGGGAAACAGCAAUGAUACGGUGACAAGCAGGCGAUCUUCUGCAGGAGACGAUGACGAUGGCAAAGAAUCUGAGAUACCUUUUGAGCAGUUCGACUCUGACAUGGAGGCAGCCUUGCGGAUGAUUCAGAUAGGUUGUGAGGCAUGUGGACCCACAACCACAAUGAUAGAGUACCAUUUCUCCCCGGGGACCGAUUCCCGGGAUGAGAUACUUAUGAUCUAUGUUCUGACUGUAAGGAAUUGGAAUCUGAUGAGCGUGGCAAGGAUGUACAAACCAUCAAAAGGUGUUGAGGUUCAUGUGAARAAGCUGAUGGAGGUAAUGAAUUCAGACACAUUGGAGAUGGGACCUACUAGUACUGGAGUUUGUUCCAACUUGGAGYUGGCACAUGAUCUUCGAGGCAACAAUAAGAACAAUACGUCGAUGAACAAUCGGGCUGGGSUCGGUUGUCCGAACUCGAAGAAGUCGCCAGUCACUUCUUCAACAACACCUCCUACUUUGUCUGCACCUGCAGCAAGAGAUAGGCUAGGCAAGAAGUCACAACAUAGAAGAACCUCCAAAGCCAUCCUCGAGAAACUAUACAAACUGCUCAUUGCGCCAGUAGAAGAAGUCCUCGCGGAYGUCACCCAAGAUGACAAGCUGGUUUUCGUACCACAUGGUAUUCUUUGGAAUGUGCCUUUUGCUAUUCUCAGAGAUGGAAAGCGACGAGGAUCAUCGAACAAGCCAUAUUACCUGAUUGAGCGGCACACAAUUGGUGUAGUCCCGGCGGCUCAUCUUCUUCCCAUCUUGCGCGAGGGAAGUGAAAAUCUCUUGAAGAAGAUGUGCCCUGAMGAUGUCAAAGAGAACCAUGGCAUGGGUGAACAAGGGUCAUCAUGGAAGUCUGUUGUUCUUGGUGAUCCUUUUCCUGCUGCAUAUGGCAUGGACCCACUGCCUGCGGCACGAGAGGAGGCCAGGGAGAUCUACGAUCUUUUGGCACCUGGGACUGCAACUCUUCUCAUUGGAACAGAUGCCACCAAACCACAAGUARUGCAGAGACUCAAGCGCGGUGCUCCCRUUGCCCAUUUCGCCACACAUUUGCUAGUGGGGUCCAGAGCAGAGAUAAAAAGGGACAUAGACACUGCAGACAUGGGUUUGCUGGUCCUUGCUGAUCUAUGCUCUCAAUCGGAUGCACCCCCUCUUAACCCCUCGUCCCGGCCACUAUCUUCACCCCCUCCCAACCCCCUUCUGCCCUUCAUUAGUGGCAUCAAAUGCGACAGCAGUGAAGGCUCUCUGCCGACCGCUGAAGAGAACAUUACAGAGGUUACAGCAGGCCUCAACGUCCAUCCGUCGCGAUCCGUCCUKACAAGCGUCAAYCAUAGUGCAGUGGAAUCUUAUACCGAUAAUAGAGACAACACACCAACAUCUCUGCAGACUCUCCCUCAUGAUCCUGUUUGUGGUACCUCAGUCAUUCCUCCACCCACAGGCAAGCCUAAGACUACCGCGGAUCGCCGUCUGCAAGACGAUGGUCAAGACAAUGCAACAGGUGAUAUCAYGUACGACUCCAAAGAAUCGUCCGCUGAAGAGAUGUUUCUAGAGCRUGUUAGCAGUAACUGUUUUGAAUUUGAAGACGAUGAUGAUGAAGACGACGAUGAUGACGAUGAUGAUGAUGAUGACGAUGAUGAUGAAGAUGACGAUGAUGACGAUGAUGAUGAUGAUGAUGAUGAUGAUGAUGAUGAUGAUGAUGAUGAUGACGACAACCUGCUUUGGGAGCCACAACACUGGGGUGCCUUCAUCUCGGUGGUUGGGCGAGAGAUGGAUUCGGUGGGGGAGUUACAACAUAGAGCUGAGGAAUGGCUUAUCACAUUGGACGAGGGAUGCAACUUGAAGCAGCUGCGAACGAUAGUGGGGAUGAUCAUGCUGCGGCAGGAGGGGGCGGAGAUCGAUGGGGGGGCGAUCUYGGAGCAGUGGUUAGCAGACAGGAUCCAGGAGAUGCUAGACGUCAUGUGGGAGCUGGAGGAGGGRCCGGAUCCCCGGCUUGAGGCCUACAUCAACUGGAGAAGGGUGAAUGAUAGGAUGGGUGUUUGUAAUUCCCUCUUUAUAAUGGGCUGCAAUCUUCGCAACCAGCUAGAGGCCCGGCAGGGUAUGCACGAGAUGGGCGACAAGGGAGACAUGGAUGAAUGGGUGGAGGGCGGAUUGGAUGAAGACGAAGACAAUUGCAGAGACAACACUGACAACACCAAGGGCAACAACAACAACAACAAUAUCAAGUACAUCGACAUCAACGGCAUCAACGGCAUCAACGACACCAACAACAAUAACAACAAGAUCAACAACAAGGACGGCGACGACARCAGYGAUGACUACGGCAACAACGGGCCAAACAACAACAACAACGGCUGCGACGACCACGACAGCAGCGGGGUGGAGAGCGAAAACAACAACAACAACAAUAACACCAACACCAACACCAACAMCAACAACAACAAUGGCUGCGAUGACCAUGGCAGCGGYGGGGUGGAGAGYGAUGUCCGCGCAUCUGAGUUUUUCAUCAGSGGAAUUGGGGAGUUGCCGUGAGCAGACGUGGAGGGGACUGGGGUUGUCCUCGGUAGCAGCAGGGUUGACUACGACACAUCUCWUAUCAUCAUUAGCAUGCUGGGAGAGAUGCCGCAAGCAGACGUGGUGGGGAUUGGGGAUGACAACAACAACAAUAACGAUGAGGGCAACAGCAUCGAUGACGACGACAACAAUUACCAUGGCAGCAGCGGGGCAGAGAGCAUCAGGCGGAAGGGUGAGAGGUUGUAUGCUGACGUGGUGGGGAUUGGGGUUGACAUAGAUAAAAAGCUGACCAUCUU